GCUGGGGGACUGCGCCUGGAAGCUGUCAUGGAGGCCCUGCAGAAGCAGCAGGCAGCUCGGCUGGCCCAGGGGGUGGGGCCAUUGGCCCCUUCACGCUCGCUGCUGCCACCGGGGCCUCCCCUGCCUGACCACCGGACCCUACAGGCCCCUGAGGGGGCCUUGGGGGAGGUUGGGACUGAGGAAGAGGAAGAUGCCGAAGAUGAGGAGGAGGGGGAGGAAGCCAGGGCAGAGGAGGAGGCAGCUGAGGAGAACCAUCCAGGGGCCCAGGGCCCCAGCUCACCUUCUAGCCAGCCCCCUGGACUCCAUCCCCACGAGUGGACCUACGAGGAACAAUUCAAGCAGCUGUAUGAGCUCGAUGCAGACCCCAAGAGGAAGGAAUUUCUGGAUGACCUGUUUAGCUUCAUGCAAAAGAGGGGGACGCCAGUGAACCGCGUGCCCAUCAUGGCGAAGCAGGUGCUGGACCUGUACGCUCUGUUUCGUCUGGUGACCGCCAAGGGCGGCCUGGUGGAAGUCAUCAACCGCAAAGUGUGGCGGGAAGUCACGCGCGGCCUCAGCCUACCCACCACCAUCACCUCGGCCGCCUUCACUCUACGCACCCAGUACAUGAAGUACUUGUACCCGUACGAGUGCGAGACUCGAGCGCUCAGCUCCCCAGGGGAGCUCCAGGCCGCCAUAGACAGCAAUCGGCGCGAAGGCCGUCGCCAGGCUUACACCGCUACUCCACUCUUUGGCUUGGCAGGGCCGCCGCCUCGGGGCGCUCUGGGCCCUGCCUUGGGUGCCGGCCCCGCCCCUCGGGCGACCCCUUCCAGCCCCGGCCCCGCCCAGGGUUCCGCCUCCGGCCUGCCAGCGCACGCAUGCGCUCAGUUGAGUCCAAGCCCUAUUAAGAAAGAGGACAGUGGAAUUCCAACCCCUCGCCUGGCACUGCCUGUGGGCCUGGCAUUGGGACCUACACGGGAGAAACUGGCACCAGAGGAGCCCCCAGAAAAGAGAGCUGUGCUGAUGGGGCCCAUGGACCCACCUCGACCUGGCAUGCCCCCCAGUUUCCUGCCCCGUGGCAAGGUUCCCCUGAGGGAAGAGCGGCUGGAUGGGCCUCUUAAUCUGGCAGGCAGUGGCAUCAGCAGUAUCAACAUGGCCCUAGAGAUCAACGGGGUGGUCUACACUGGUGUCCUCUUUGCCCGCCGCCAGCCUGUGCCAGCUUCCCAGGGUCCAACCAACCCUGCACCCCCACCCUCUACAGGGCCCCCUUCCAGCACCUUCCCCUAAGAGGUCCUACUUGAAACUAAGAGUCCCAGCCCCAUUGCUGAGUGGGGAGGAGUCCCUCUGCUUUGAUUCUUUCCGGCUGCCCACUCUGGGACCCAGCCCUGGGAGGGGACCAUACCUCCCAUGCCAUGUAGACUUAAAACCAAAGUUUCUUUUGAUGUUACACCUACCUCACUGUAAAGGGAGGGCACCUCCUCCCCGGCCAAUUCCAGCAGCAUCUACUAAAGUGUUCUUCCUCCAGUAACCACUAUCAUCUCCUCAUGUGUCCCCUCUGUCAAUGUCAUCUCUAGAACCCUACCCCUUUGAGUCAGCCUUGCUUCUCUUCAGGAGCCAAGUGAAAGGUUGGGUUGGGGUACUGUGAAAGAGACAUCCCUCAGGUCACAUCUAGACAAUAAAGCUGCGAUCCCUCCCUC